UUGAGUAUCUGGAACCUGAGGAGGGUCUUUUUAAAAUUGACCCGCUGUUUUUCCUUGUUGGGUCCCCUGCGAUGCCCCCCGUUCCUUUCUCCUUUCUCUGGUCAACCGCCGGCUCUUUUGUCACCUUUUCUCCGACCUGUGGUGGUGGUGGUGCUGGUGGUUCCUUCAGGAAUCCCAUGAUUUACUAUUUUUCGAAAUUAGGGUUUCACUGUUUUGGGGAUUCUGCUUUCCGAAUAUUCUGGGCAUCUUUUCUGGACAACUGUGAUUCAAUUGCGGGCUUUUAUCCUCCAAUUGAUACAAUUUUGAACCUUUGAGGAUUGCAUAUUUCGUCGGGUGAUGCCAAAGCCACCAAACGAGGCGUGCAUUAUAGAAAAAAAGAUUAGAUAUCCGUUAAACGAGAGAACCCAGUUUGUACGUUAAGUUAAAGAGGGGUGUAUGUAUAUAUUAUUUUUUUUAAGUGAAACUAGGAUAUUUUUUUAGGGGAGUGUGAAGUUUGUUUAUUCGUCUGUUGUAUACUUGUAUAGGUUACCAUUAUUUUUUGUGAUUUCUUUUUUUGAGAAGAAAAAAGAAAGAGCGAAAAAAUUGUUGUGUGUAGGCUACCAAUUUUUUAUAUGUUGUAAAUUUUUCUGCUGUGAAAAAAAAGCAGAAAACAUUGCUGUAGAUGUGGGUUGAAUGAUAACGCGGCCUUGCGUAAUCGGUUCAUUCAAGGGGACUUGGGUGUUUAUAUAAAGCUGGCAAGUUUGUUUAUCAUUUUCUUGGAGUCCUGGCUGCUGGUGGAAACCAUUGCUGCCUAUGCGCGUAAUGGGUGAUAGAUGGACAACAUAUAAACACGGUUUAUCUUGUUUCUUGCUUUUGAUUCUUGCUUUAGUCCAAGGGUGUUCUUCAUUGAAUUCUGAGGGUCUUGCCUUGUUGGAUUUUCGGACAGGAGUAUCUCAUGAUCCAUAUGGCGCCUUCACAAGUUGGAAUCACAAUGACCUUGAUCCAUGCUCAUGGUCUAAUGUUCAUUGUGUAGAUGGUAAUGUUCAUGUGCUAAAUCUUAAAGGGCUAUCCUUGGAAGGAGUAUUGGCACCGCAGAUUGGGAACCUCACAAAUUUGAGAUGUCUUGUCCUCUCGCAGAAUAAAUUCUCUGGAGUUAUUCCAAAAGAUUUUGGUGAACUCUCAAUGUUGGAAGUUCUAGACUUGAGGGAUAAUAACUUGAGUGGACAUAUUCCAUCAGAGCUAGGAAGGAUGUAUUCGCUAAAACGUUUGUUGCUCUGUAAAAACAAUCUCGAAGGAUCCAUUCCUACGGAACUCAGGACUCUCAACUUUCUCUAUGAAAUACAGUAUGAUGACAACCUUUUAUCCCUUGUUGCCAAUGGGAUUGGAUGUCUAAAUAGGAAAUUUGGACGAUGCAUAUGCCAGGAAGGUUAUAAACUUCAAAAGAAAGCUGAUUCUCUUCUGAUACAAAUUAAAGGAACAGUUAAUACUUACCUCAAUCAAAUCCAUCUUUUCAGGAUUUACAAGAGCUCCCCGAACGAUUGUACUAUCAGUGAAAAAUUAGGUGCAUUGGAAUCAGAAAUGGUCCAAAAUGUUGUACGUCGAAAGCUAGCAGAAGAGUCUUUAAACCUGGCAGCUGCACCUUCUCCAAAUGCCGGGAUAGGUCCACCAAUGAUUAUAGCUCUUCCAACUAGUAGAAGUAGUGGAUCAUUUCCUGCUGUACCCAAGGACAAGAAAGAACAGCAUCCUUAUAGUAAUCCACCACCACCACCACUUGACAUCGCUGGAACAACUCCUCAAACCGUAACUUCCAACCAACCACCAGCAAAUCAGCCUCUAGAUAAUGAAAGUGAAAAAAGGAAUUCAGAUAAGUGGAAGAUUUGGCUUAUAAUAUCUUGUUUACUUCUGCUGAUAAUCAUAGCCAUAGCUGUGUGGUGUGUGUGUCGAAGUAGAGCUGUAAAGACCAUUGGCCCUUGGAGGACUGGUAUCAGCGGACAGUUACAGAAAGCUUUUGUUACAGGUGUGCCAAAGCUAAAUCGCUCCGAGCUAGAAACAGCAUGUGAGGAUUUUAGCAACAUCAUUGAGACAACAGAAAGCUAUACACUAUACAAAGGCACAUUAUCUAGUGGAGUGGAGAUCUGUGUGGCAUCAACUUCUAUUGACAGUCUCAAAGAUUGGUCAAAACGUGCAGAACUAGGGUUCCGUAAGAAGAUUGAUGCGUUGUCACGAGUGAAUCACAAGAACUUUGUAAAUCUUCUUGGUUAUUGUGAGGAGGACGAACCUUUUGUUAGGAUGAUGGUGUUUGAGUAUGCUCCUAAUGGCUCACUCUCAGAGCAUCUACAUGUUAAAGAACUUGAGCAUCUUGAUUGGAGUUCAAGGAUGAGAAUUAUCAUGGGAAUCGCUUAUUGUCUCGAGUACAUGCACGAAUUGAAUCCUCCUGUACUGCACACAAGUCUGACCUCAACAAUGAUCUUUCUGACAGAUGAUUAUGCACCCAAAGUUGCAGAGAUGGGUUUCUGGCGAGAUUUGAUAUCAAAAGCAAAGGUAUCAGUGGAGUCCGAAUCAGAGCAUUCUACACUGCCGCCGCUCAUUGAUACCGAGACAAACAUCUACUGUUUUGGUAUCUUAACGCUUGAAGUUAUUUCUGGCAAGCUUCCUUGUUCCGAUGAACAAGGAUCUCUUGUAACUUGGGCUGCUCAAUAUCUGAAUGAUAAAAGAAACACCAGUGCCAUGGUUGAUCCAACAUUUAAAUCAUUCAAGCAUCACGAACUCGACGUCAUAUGUGAAGUUAUCGAAGAAUGCAUUCAGCAGGAUCCUCGAAAGAGACCAACGAUGAAAGAAGUGGUUGCAAAACUAAGGGAAGUGUUAAGGAUUUCGCCAGAGCAAGCGAUUCCUAGACUCUCGCCUCUAUGGUGGGCUGAACUCGAGAUCUUAUCUGGCGAAGCAGCAUAAAGAAGCAAUAAUUAUUGAAGAUACAUGACUCCCUGUUCCUGCUUGUAGAUUUCAAGGAGUUUCAUUAGAUGGAUGCAUGACAGGAUAUGUAUAGAUAUCAUUGUGUGUCAAGUGUGUGCCCGAUUUGAUUUAUUAGUUUAUUUUCUGAGGAAUUGUUUGUCGUGUAACAUAACAUGCUUGGCCUGUGUACUUGAUGUGUUUCGAGGUAAGGAUGAUAUUGUUUGAACCACAGUUUCAAGAUUUUUGAGAUGUAUUCUAUAGAAGAUAAAUUAGAUUUUGUUUAAAA